AUGGAUCAGAAGUUGCACAUAUUCUUCUUCCCCUUCUUGGCCCAAGGCCAUAUGCUGCCCACCUUAGACAUGGCCAAGGUAUUCUGUUCUCGUGGGGUGAAAUCCACCAUGAUCACAACUGACCAGCACGUCCACAUGUUUGAGAAAUCUAUCCAGAAGAACCGCAAACAAUUGUUUACUGAUAUAUCCAUCCGGGCGAUACAUUUCCCGGCCGUGGAAGCAGGCUUGCCGGAGGGAACGGAAAGCGUUGACCAAAUAAAAUCAGAACAUUUGAUCCCUCAUUUCAUAAUGGCCACCGCCAUGCUCCAAGAUCAGCUUGAACAGCUCUUGGAAGAAUGCCGCCCGCAUUGCCUGAUCGCUGACAAGUUCUUCCCCUGGGCCACUGAAUCCGCUGCCAAAUUCCGGAUCCCAAGAUUGGUUUUUGAUGGAACGAGUUCCUUCUCCGAUACCGUGGAUGAAAUCCUGAGAGUUCAUAGGCCUUUUGAUUACGUUUCCUCUGAUUCCGAACCUUUUCUGGUUCCAGAUCUUCCUCACGAAAUUACUCUGACUAGAGCAAAAAUACCCUCGUAUGAAAGGGACAAAGAAACGGCAGGAACAGAGCUUGGAAGGUUCCUUCAACGAGUUAGAGAUUCGGAUUCUAAAAGUUAUGGAAGAGUUGUCAACAGUUUCUACGAGCUGGAGCCAGAGUAUGUUGAGUAUUGCACCAAGAUAUUGGGGAGAAAGGCAUGGCACGUGGGUCCAUUCUUGCUCUGCAACAAGGAAGUUGAAGAUAAAAUUGGAAGAGGGAAGAAAUCCGACAUUGAUGAACACGAGUGUCUGAAAUGGUCAAAGGCAUUGAAAGAUAUGGCAAGGAAGGCUGUUGAAGAAGGUGGAUCAUCCUAUGCUGAUUUUGAUGCCCUCAUAAAUGAACUGAAAUCAUAUCGUUCAGAAAGAGAUCAGGAGUAA